AUGGAAAUUGCCAGCCUGUGUCUGUGGCUCUGGUGGCUAUGUCUGCCAUUUACCUGUUCAGCUCAAUAUUCACCAUUAAACAAGGAUAAUUUUAAUUUCACCAAAAGCCUCUAUAAUGUGUCUAUAGCAGAAAACUCUAUAGCUAAUACCUACGUUACCUCAUUUGAAAAGAUGGGCAUUCCAAUUUUAACAGCCAACCCUGAAUAUUUACAAAUUGAAUACAGAAUUGAAGGGGAUGGAAAUAACAUAUUUAAAGCAGAGGAACAUUUCGAGGGAGAUUUUUGCUUCUUGCGAAUUCGUACUUCGACAGUGAGUUUUCGUAGUGUGAUCAAUCGUGAGGCUAGAUCAUCUUAUUCUCUACGUGUUGUGGCCACUGCUAGCUAUUCUUUUGGGAAUCAGUUGCACACUUCUGCCGAUCUCAUAGUUAAUGUGUUAGAUGAAAACGACUUGAGUCCAUUAUUUGAUAAAAACUUUUAUAGUGUACAAGUUCCAGAAGAUACACCUUUACAUAGCAGCAUAGCUCAAGUCUCUGCAUCAGAUGCAGACAUAGGUAUUAAUGGAGAGGUGUAUUUUCGUUUAGCCAAACGGACAAACAAGUUUGCUAUUCACCCAACUAGUGGUGUCGUAACAUUAACCCAUAAAUUGAAAUAUAGCUAUCAAACUAUUUAUGAGGUCAAUGUUUUAGCCAGUGACCGAGGACCAAAAUUUCCAAAUGGGCCUAAACCCACCGUAAAAACUCUACUUAAAAUAACUGUAACUGCAGUAAAUUAUCAAUCACCUACGGUCAAAGUUCAUCAUCAUCCAUCCAUAGUAGAACAUGGUCAUUAUGGCAGCAUUUAUGCCAUUCUUAUGGUAUCAGACUCUGAUGAUGGUAAAAAUGGACACAUCAAUUCUGUUGAUAUUGUAGAUGGUGAUCCUGAGAACCGGUUCCGCAUAGUCCAGGGUAAAGAAAUUAAUUUAUAUAAUAUUGAAAUCCUCAGUAGUUUAGAUAGAGAGACCUCACCUUAUGGAUACAAUUUAACAAUACAAGCUACAGAUAAGGGUAACCCACCAAAAACCUCAACAACAAAUGUUCAUGUGCAAAUCCAAGACACCAAUGACAAUGAGCCAAAAUUCAAACAGAACUCUUAUCAAACAUCUAUUUCGGAAGUAGUUCCUGUUAAUACCCCAGUAAUUAUUAUAAAUGCCUUAGACAACGAUUGGGGUAAGAAUUCAGAAAUUAUUUACUCUAUCGUGGCAGGGAAUACUGAUGGUCUGUUUAAAAUUGAUGAGUAUUCAGGAUUGAUAACGACAAAUGCUCCAUUGGAUGCUGAUUUUAUCGCAGGCGUGAACCGCUCAAAUACUACAAUUGUUCUCACCGUUCAUGCAGAGGAUCAGGCUAAUAGUGGCACACGUAAAUUUAGUGAAACAAAAGUGAAAAUCGUGAUCUUGGAUUACAAUGACAACUCUCCAACUUUCGACCAGAAGACAUUUACAGGAGAAAUUGAUGAGAAUGAACCAGAAGGAAUUUCUGUCUUGAGAGUUGUAGCUCGUGAUAUUGAUGCUGGUGACAAUGGCACCAUCAUUUAUUCUAUUCCUGACGCUCAAUCAGUGCCUUUUGAUAUUGAUCAAUUUUCUGGUGUGAUUACUACAAAUACGAGAUUGGACUUUGAACAGAUGCAGUCUGAAUACAAUAUUCGUGUGAGAGCAUCAGAUAUGGGAUUACCUUAUCGUAGAGAAGUAGAGACUACAGUUACCAUCAAACUAAAGAAUGUCAAUGAUAAUCAUCCUGAAUUUGAAGUUGUUGAUUGUAGUGGAACCAUUUCACGUGAAGCUAAGGAAGGAACUUUGAUAACUGUCGUCACGGCGAUCGAUAUGGAUAUUGGUGAUGUCGUAAGCUAUCGUAUUAUUGGUGGUAAUGAACACAAUUGUUUCAGAAUUGAGCCUUCUUCAGGGGCAAUAACUCUUAGAUGUGAUCUUCUUAGUUAUCCAAAUGACAGUCUAAGUUUAAUGGUUGCAGCUACAGAUGACAAACAUAUAUCAAAACCCACAACUAUCAAUAUGACUCUUAUUCAUAACAAACCCUUGCCUGGAACUUCACAAGACAUUAGAAUAACAUGUUCAGAAACAGAUGUACGAAUGCGGCUGGCUGAAAAUUAUAAAUUACAAACUGCUUUCACAAAUAAUAAACUGAAUGAAGUUUCAACGACUUCCGGUACACCAGCUGCUAAUAACCAUGCACCAGUGUUUAAACCAAAUACUCCUGAUUAUAUUGAAGUGCCUGAAGACCAGACAAUUGGGUCACAAAUAAAAUUAUUCCAAGCAGAUGACCAAGACAUUGGUUAUAAUGGUCGUUUAGUGUAUGGCAUAGCCAAUGGAAAUAAAAAAGGGGCUUUUGACAUUGAUACUUUUACUGGAGCUUUGAAAUUGAUGUCUUCCCUUGAUCGAGAGACAACUGCUACUUAUACACUAGUGAUAUCUGUUUCUGAUUUAGGCUCACCCCAUAAAAAUUCCUCCACCAAUCUGCGAAUUGUUGUCACAGAUGUCAAUGAUAACAGGCCAACAUUUGAAAAGGAUACAUAUGAAGUAAAUAUUUCGGAAGAUCAACAUGUCAACACCACUGUUAUCUCUAUAAUGGCAAGGGACAUGGACCAGGGUCACAAUGCCAAAAUACACUAUUCCAUUUUAACAGACACAGAUGAUUUUAACAUCGAUACAUCAGGGGGGAUAAUUCGUGUCAAUCGUCCUUUAGAUAGAGAGACUCAAAACUCCUAUAAACUCAUUGUUCAAGCUAAGGAUUCAGGCCGUGAGGUCCAACUUGCUUCCCAAACAAUAGUGACCAUCAAUUUAGUAGAUGUCAAUGACAACAGACCCAAAUUUAUCCCACCUACUUAUUUUGUCAAAGUCAGGGAAGACUUACCUGUCGGUGCUUUAGUGACUAUUUUAACUGCUGAAGAUUUAGAUAGUGGCAAAAAUGGAGAACUAACAUACUCUCUAACUCUUGGUGCAGACGACAAAUUUGAAAUUGAUGCAAACACAGGUGUCAUUCGAAUUGCUGGAAGAUUGGAUUAUGAAGAAAAACAAUUGUAUAAUAUCAGUGCCUUAGCAGAAGAUGGAGGCAUCCCUCCUUUAGCGUCUGCUUGUUUAGUGAAUAUUGAGAUUGUGGAUGUAAAUGAAAAUUUCUCUCCACCAUUAUUUGAUAGUUUUAUUGCUAAAGGUUAUGUGGAUGAGAAUGGGAAAGUGGGUACAUUUGUUAUGAAUGUGCUAGCUAAAGAUCCUGACAGUUUACCUAAUGAAGAUAAUGCUAUCAUCUAUUCUAUCAGAGAUGGAUCUGGUCUGGGAAGAUUUACAAUUGAUAAUAAUGGAACUAUAAGAACAACUCAAGUAUUAGAUCGAGAAACUGCUUCACAUUACUGGUUGGCAGUGUAUGCUCAAGAUCGUAGUUUGGUGCCCAGAUCAUCCAGACUAGAAGUAUUAAUUACGGUACUGGAUGUUAAUGAUAAUGUACCACACAGUCUACAACCUGGAUAUUAUACAUCUGUAUCAGAACGAGAAUCUAAUCAAGAUAUUGUCACAAUACAAGCCAUGGAUGAUGAUCAGAACCCCAACCAACAACUCCAUUUUAAGAUUACUGGUGGAAAUCCACAAAGUUUCUUCAAAAUUAAUCCUCAAUCAGGUCUUAUUUCAACAACUGAUCGUGAAUUAGAUCGUGAAACUCAAGAUGAACAUGCUUUAGAGAUUACAAUUUCUGAUAAUGGCCGACCCAAUUUACAAUCCACAACUCGAGUUAUUGUUAAAGUUACUGAUGUCAACGAUAAUAAACCAAGGUUUUUAACAUUCUUUAAAGAUGCCUAUGUUCGUAUCCUGGAGACAUCAAACAGCAAUUCCAGACCAAUUUACAGAGUUGUGGCUUUUGAUAAAGACGAUGGUCCGAAUUCAUUUAUUACCUAUUCCAUAGUGAAACCCAAUAAUUCACCAUUUAGUGUUGAUAGCAGUACUGGUAAUAUAUAUGCUAUUAGUAGUCUGGAUCCACGCAGAGAUUAUGUUUUGCAGGUUAGAGCUACUGAUCAUGGUUCACCACCAAGAAAAUCUCAAACUAAGAUUAGAUUUUCAGUUUUAAAACGUCCCAGAUCAUCUCAACAUGCUCCUUAUUUUGAUGCUAAGAACUAUUCAGCUAUAAUAACAGAGAAUGAUGUUGUGGGAGAAUACAUCAUUAUGGAUGUUACUGCUACUGAUGAUAAUGAUGAUAUAUGGUACUUUAUUGAUGGUGGAAAUGAAAACCACACGUUUGCUAUUUUGCCUUCGACUGGUAGUUUAUUGUUGGCUCGUAAAGUCGACCGAGAAAAACAAGCUUCUUACGAUCUUGGAGUUUGUGCAACUGAUGGCAUUCAUACCAAUUGUACUUGGGUCCAUAUAAGAGUAAUUGAUAUCAAUGAUAAUGAACCAGUCUUCUCUCAAGAUACCUAUAUAGCUGAAAUAUCAGAGAAUGCUGAUAUUGGGCAGUCUGUCGUCCAGUUGUCAGCUACUGAUGCCGAUGAAGAUAAUCGUGUAUUUUUUACCAUCAGAUCAUCGGUCAAUCUGGUCAGUCAGAAAUUGUUCGAAAUAGAUGAAAGACAAGGUAUCAUCAAAGUAGCACAGCCAUUAGAUAGAGAAGUUCUUUCCCGUCAUGUACUGACUGUUAUGGUCAAUGAUCUGGGAACGCCAUCCAAGCGAAGUUUUGCUCGUGUUAAGAUUACAGUAUUAGAUGAUAAUGACCACAACCCAGUCUUUUUAUCUCCUGUUUUCUCAGGAAGAGUUUAUGAAACAUCUGCAGUUGGUACAUCUGUUGUUCAGUUAAUAGCUACUGAUAGAGAUAAGGGAGAUAAUGCUGAAAUAACUUAUUCUCUGGUAGCAGGUAAUGCUGGUGGUACAUUUGGUUUAGAUAGUAAACUUGGUCUGAUAACAGUUGUUAAAGAACUAGACAGGCAUAAUCAAGAUGGCUACUCAUUGGAAGUGGCUGCGACAGAUCAUGGUACUCCACCACGAUCCAGUACAGCUAUGGUUAACAUUGACGUCACCAUAUCUGAUAACUCACCACCUAAAUUCUCUAAGCUGGAAUAUAUGGCAGAAAUGAAAGAAAAUCGACCAGUUGGAACAAUCGUUUUGGCACUCCAAGCUUCAAGCCAAUCAUCUUUAGUGUAUCAAAUAUUGCCAUGUCUUGCAGAAGAGUUUUUUCUGGUUAAUCCUAAUUCUGGAGUGAUUUCUACACGGAAAGAAAUUGACUUUGAGGAACAUAAAUUUUUCAAUUUUACAGUCAAGGCUACAAAUAUUGUAGAAGCAUCAUCAGAAGUUGCUGUUGUUAUACAUAUAACUGACGCAAAUGACAACCAUCCAGUCUUUUUGCACGAAAUUUACAAUGGACACAUUCGAGAAUCAGAUCCUACUAACAGUUUUGUGUUGGAUGAAAACAACUCCCCAUUGGUAAUCCAAGCCAAGGAUGAAGAUUAUGAUGCCAAUGCUUUGUUGCAUUAUGAAAUCAUUGAUUUGAAUGCUCAAGAAUAUUUUCUUAUUGAUGCAAACACAGGCACCUUACGUACCAAAACCACCUUAGAUCAUGAGACUAUUAGCAACUUCAAUUUCUCCAUACAGGUUUAUGAUGGUGGGAAACCAUCUCUAAAUGCUCUGAAACCAGCCACAGUGAUCAUUAAUGUCAUAGAUGUCAAUGAUUCUCCACCAAGGUUUCCCACUCACACCCAUAAAGCCAAGGUUCUUCUUCCAACUUAUAAAGACAUCACAGUCAUUGAAUUAAAAGCCUCUGAUCCAGAUGGCAACAAAAACGAAGCAUUAACUUAUAGCAUCAUGGGUGGGAACGAAGGAAACAAGUUCACUAUUGAUUCCAAAACUGGUGUCAUCACCAUCCAAGAUGAAUCCAACAUGAAGCCUAGUUACUAUUUACGAGUAAUGGUCACUGAUGGCAAGUUCCAAACUUCAGCUGACAUCAGCAUCACUGUUGAAAAAACUGUUGACUAUGGAUUAAGAUUCACAGAAGACCAGUAUAUUGUCUAUGUUGAAGAAAAUUCCAAAAAAGUUGAUCGGUUGCUUGUGGUACAACCAGUUGGUCAUUCCAUCAAUGAACAUUUAACAUUUAAAUUGUUGAACAACAAGAACAUGUUUUCUGUUGGACAGACGUCUGGUGUAUUGUAUACUAAAGGUGUACCAUUUGACCGAGAGUUGAACAAUAACUAUACUGUUGUAGUUUCUGUAGAAGAUUCACGACAACCACCACGCUAUGCUCAUGUAGUCAUCAGUGUUAUAGUGAAUGAUUUAAAUGAUAAUGUUCCAAUGUUUAUAAACCAACCAUAUUACUCGGCUGUUUCUGUAGAAUCAAAAGCUGGUGAUGUCAUUAAACAGGUGACUGCUAUAGAUAAAGAUUUUGGAGAAAAUGGAAGAAUAACCUACAGUCUGAUACCAACUAGUCAUGAUAAAUUUGAUAUUAAUCAAUAUACUGGUGAAAUAGUAGUGAAACAACUUACUAUAGAUGAUGAAAACAGUGUGGUCAUGUUAGAUGUAGAGGCUAAAGACCAUGGGGAUCCAUUUUACAGUGCCAGAGCUCAAGUACCGAUUAACAUUGUGAGCAGUUAUAGUCCAAUGUUUGAUAAACAGUUUUAUAAUGUAACUGUACCAGAGAAUGUUGUUCUCUACACACCAGUGACAAGUAUACACGCUGUCAGUCCAACCAAUCAGAAAUUGAUCUAUUCUAUCAGUGAUGGAAACCAUGAUGAAGAUUUUGCUGUUGACUUCAAUACUGGGUUGAUGUCAGUAAUGGGUGAAUUAGAUUAUGAAAAUAAGAAACAAGAUACUCUUACACUACGAGCAACUGAUGUUACAUCUGGUAACUAUGCUGAAACUAGAGUACAUUUACAUAUCAAGGAUAUAAAUGACAAUGAACCUAUUUUUACCAGUAUGACAUAUACAGAGGCUGUGUCUGAAGCCUUAGCUGUUGGUUCAACCAUCCUUAAACUAACAGCCACUGAUGCAGACGCGGGCAUGAAUCAAAUGAUAAGUUACAGUCUCGCACCAAAUCAGGUUGACAACAAUGAUAUGGAGUAUUUUCAUGUCAAUUUUGAAACUGGGGAUCUAUUUCUUCAAAAGAAACUUGAUUGUGAAGCACAAACAAGCUACCAAUUUUUAGCUGUUGCUACAGAUGGUGGAAUGCCUGCUCUCAGCUCUACAGCUUUGGUCCACUUGAUGGUUCUAGACACCAAUGACAAUGCUCCUCAAUUCUUCCAAACAUCUUUUGACUGUUCUAUAACUGAUCAAGCUCAACGUGGACAACUGGUCACAAGACUCUUAGCAACAGAUGCAGAUAGUUCAGAUGUGAAUAAUUUAAGCUAUAUGAUUAUUGGUGGAAAUGAGAAGCAGACGUUUUCUAUCGAUUCUGCUUCUGGUUUGGUCAGUAUUUCUGGGCAGCGCAAACCAGUUUUUCAACCAGUUCACUCCCUGAAUAUCUCAGUCACUGAUGGUGUCUACACAUCCUACACUAGACUGACAGUAUCUGUUCAGAAUUCUAAUAGACAUACACCACAAUUCAGUCAAACUAAGUAUGAAGCUGAGUUCUAUGAGAAUCAGGCGCCUGGAAGCCUGGUUGGAACUGUGUCGGCUGAUGAUGAAGAUAGAGGUGGUUAUGGAUUAUUAACUUAUUCUAUUACCAGCGAUAUCAUGCAAGAAUUUUUCCAGAUUGAUGCUGACACAGAAGUAUUAAGUAUGAAAGUAUUAGAUAGAGAAGAACAAGAGAGAUACACUAUUCCUAUAGCAGCUACUGAUAAUGGUGGAAAGAUGAAUUUUACCACACUCUAUGUUACUAUUAAAGAUCUGAAUGAUAAUUUACCAAGUUUUAAGAUUAAAGAAUAUAAAAGCAAUGUGUAUUAUAAUGCUGCAGUUGGAACUGAAAUUCUUAAAAUUGAAGGUGAUGAUUUAGAUGAUGGUGAGAAUGGUAAAAUAUUGUACAGUAUUUAUCAAGAAGAAGACCCUGAUGUUAAUACCAUAUUUGCUAUAAAUAGUAACACUGGUAGUUUAUCUGUAAACUCUUCACUAGCUGAUAAAGAAAAUGCUGUUUACCAAUUUUUUGUUCGAGCUAAAGACAGUGGUGAUAUACCUCUAGAGAACCAUGUUCCAGUUGAAAUAUUGAUCAUGGGUCCAGAUGAAAAUCCACCAAGUUUUGAUCAAGACAGAUAUGCCUAUUUUAUCAGUGAAAAUGCUGAAGUUGGAACCACCAUUGCUACUAUUAAAGCAGAUGGAGAAGGUCCACUGAUGUACAGUAUUGUUUCUGGAGUAACAGAAGCUACAAACUCGCCACCCAAAUUUACCAUCAAUAAUUCUGGACAGCUGAAGAUCAUUGAAGCUCUUGACAGAGAAUCAGUUGACACUUUCAUGUUGACAAUUCGUGCUUCAACUCAGACUUCUCCAGCUUUAGUUGCCAAUGCAAAGGUGGUCAUCAAACUCAAAGAUGUUAAUGAUAAUUCUCCUGUUUUCGAUUCUGAUCCAUAUAUCAUCACAUUAGUUGAAAAUACACCUGCUGGUGCUAGUCUCAUACAAGUCCAAGCAGAAGACAAAGAUGAAGAAAGUUUGUUAGAGUACAAACUGGGGGCAGAUAUGGAAGAGGAAGCCAACAUUUUCAACCUUGAUCCUGAAUCAGGAUGGAUCACUCUUCUGACUUCAGUGGACCGGGAAGAGCGAGAAGAGUUCAACAUUACUGUUGUGGUUUAUGAUAAAAAUCUUGGAAUUACCCAGAGUGCAACAUCAUCUGUGUCUGUCACUGUCACAGAUUUUAAUGAUAAUUCACCAGAAUUUAACAGAAAUCAUUACAGUACUAGCGUCAACGAAGAUGCUGAGUUGGAUAUCAUAUUUUUAUCAGUUACAGCAACUGAUGUAGACAUUGGUCAGAAUUCUGAAAUUUCAUAUUACAUCACCCAUGGCGAUAAAGAAGGACAUUUUGACAUCAACAGAAAUGGUGAUUUAUUUGUCAGCAAGCGAUCACUGGAUAGAGAAAGUAAAAAACAUUACCGGUUGACCAUUGCUGCUACAGAUGGUGCCUAUGUUAGCUAUGCUACUGUAGAUAUUGAUAUUUUAGAUGCUAAUGAUAAUAGUCCACAAUGUUCUAAGCUGAUGUAUACGAUAUUUGAGAAAGAAGAUGUACCAGUUGGGAAAAGAUUGGAAUUUAUAGAAGCUACUGAUCAAGAUGAUCCUGCAACUAGGAAUUCAAGAUUAGAAUAUCAAUUAUUAGGAAUUGGUGCAGAAUCAUUCUACCUUGAUAGAACUACAGGUAUCCUAACUACAGCUAUAGAAUUAGAUCGUGAAACUCAAUCUAAAUAUAAUUUAAUAGCGUCUGCUAUAGAUGGUGGAGGUUUAUCUUGUACAUCAGAAGUGAAUAUUUAUAUUAGUGAUAUCAAUGAUAAUGCCCCGGUAUUUACACUAACAGAGAAUACUUUUAGUAUUCAAGAAGAUGCUAGAAUUAAUACAUUAGUCACUAGAGUUACUGCUACUGAUAAAGAUUUAGGUAUAAAUAAGAAGAUAGUAUAUGGUAUAAUGGGUGAUUCUAAAUCUACAUUCUCUAUUGAUAGUAAUAGUGGUAUAAUUAGUUUAAUUAGUCCAUUAGAUAGAGAAAUAACAUCACAACAUAUUAUAACAGUUACAGCUAAAAAUCUGGGACCAACACCACUAUUUAACUCAACUGAGUUAAGAAUAUUAGUAUUAGAUGUCAAUGAUAAUAAACCAGAAUUUGAACGGACUAGUUACUAUGUUGAAGUACCAGAAGAUACUAAGUUACAGUCUACUGUUAUCACUGUUAAAGCCUCUAGUCUAGAUAUUGGUCAAAAUGCCAAUAUUACCUAUUCUAUCAUGGCUGGUAAUGAACAGAAUAAAUUCAAGAUUGAUCCAAAUAAUGGUGCAGUAAUUGUUCAGGAACCAUUAGAUUUUGAGUUAUCACGAGAGUAUUUUCUGACUAUAUUAGCUAAAGAUCAUGGUGAACCUCCACUCAGUAAUUCAGCUAUAGUUAAUAUUAAUAUAACUGAUAUUAAUGAUAAUAAACCCAGGUUCUCACCAUCAUCAUAUUAUACUGUCUCUGUUAAAGAAGAUCUGAAAUUACAUGAAGAAAUCAUUAAGGUACUUGCUACUGAUGAAGAUGGAGAAAAUAAUAAUAAAUUAACAUAUUUAAUACAAAGUGGAGAUGUUUAUGGUCAGUUUCAUAUAAAUAAAGAUAAUGGAUCGUUGACAGUGGUCAAAUCUUUAGACAGAGAAAUGAUGGAUACAUAUGUCCUACAGAUAGAUGUACGUGAUUCAGGACAGCCAGUAUUAUCUAACUCUGCAGCUGUUAAUAUUAAGAUAUUAGAUGCUAAUGAUAACCCUCCAUUAUUUAGUGAAAGAAAUUACACCGCAUAUAUACAGGAGGGAAGUAAAGCUGGUAUCAACAUCUUAAAGUUAUCGGCCACAGAUGAUGAUCUAGAAGAAAAUGGUGGACCAUUCUUAUUUGAUAUUGUCAAUGGUAACGAAAAUAAAGAGUUCCAUAUCAACAAAGAUGGUGUCAUUCUGACGUCUGGUGGAGACUUGAAGAAAAAGGUCAAGGAAUCCUAUCAGUUGACUGUUAGAGCAUUUGACAGAGGAAGUCCAGUCUUAUUCUCGGAUGUUGUUGUGGACAUCAAUGUGGUAGAUGAGAGCAUGUACCCUCCACAAGUUCGUAACCUUACCAUAGCCAUCAGUUCGUAUUUAGGCAAAACCAUGAAAGGAGUCAUUGGAAAAGUCAACGCUUUUGAUUCUGAUCCUUAUGACAUUUUAAACUAUAGGAUAGUGUCAGCAAAUGACCAUCUUUUUGAUGUACAUCCUAUCGAUGGGCGAAUCAUUGCCAAAUCUGGAUUAGAUGCAGGAAGUUACAAGGUGAAUGUGAGUGUAACAGACGGUCGAUUCAACUCCUACAGUAUUGUUACAGUAGAGGUCAUGGAGAUCUCAGAAGAAAUGAUGGACAGUUCUGUUACUAUCCAGUUUAAGGAAAUGUUCCCUGAACAGUUUUAUGCCAACUAUUUGAAAGAUUUUCAAAAGAUUCUGAAGCGCGAGUUAAACGUCCGAGCUAAAGAUGUUGAAAUUCUUAAUGUUCAGCCUUCAGAUGAAAGUAUCAUCAAUAGAUCAAGAAGAAGGAGAUCUUUAAGCAGUAACUUGGAUGUUCUAUUUGUGGUGCGUAAAGUCACUGGUAAACUGUUCAAUAAGAACUCUUUAAGAAGAAAGGUAGAAAGAGCUAGAGAUGCCAUAGAAACAGGAUUGAAUGUUGAAGUUGAGAAAGUAUUCAAUGAUAUUUGUACCAAGUCGAUGUGCGAUUCUGGACCUUGUGUCAGCCAUCUUGUUUUUGAUGACACCGACCUUGAACCUGUGACAGUUGGUGCUGAUAGUUAUGUAUCUGCUCGACAUCGAUAUAUUUUCUUCUGUAACUGUUCAGAUGGAUCCUGUAAUGGUGUAGUUUGUGGAGAUAAGAGAUGUUCAGCCAAUCAGAUCUGUCACAGAAACAACAACAGGUACUCAUGUCGGUGUCCGUCUGGUAAAACAGGAAGUAAAUGUCAAGAUAAUGUUUAUUCACCAUCAACUAUCUGUAGAAAUCAACCAAUGACUUUUAAUGGUAAAAGUUUUGCGAGAUGGACUUUAACAGAGACUACAGAGAAAAGAUUGACAUUAUCAUUGAGAUUUCGAACACGUAAACCAAGUUGUAAUGUUAUGUAUACCACAGGUCAAGUAGACUAUAGUAUACUGGAGAUUAAAGAUAGUAAUAUUCAAUACAGAUUUAACUGUGGUUCAGGUGAAGGAUUUGUUAAAAUACCAGUAGAUGUCAGUGAUGGACAAUGGCAUCUGAUUAUGUUAGAACGUAAUGGCCGAACUGCUGAACUAUUUUUAGACCAAGGCUACAAAGCUAUAUCUUCUGCACCAGGCACUAAUGAUGAGCUGAAUCUGGACUCAUUUGAUGUAUAUUUUGGAGCAGAAGUGGAGGUUUUUCCAGAAGGUUACAAUGAUAUUAAGAGAGGUUUUGAAGGUUGUAUGGAGGGUAUUAGAAUGUUUAAUAUAUUAUUACCAUUUACUGGUACCAACCGUAUUGCUAUCAGUCAGAAAUUUGAAGAUGUGGAAUUUAAAUGUAAAGAUUAUGCCACCUUACCAACUACUGGAAACAUCUGUGGUAGACAUCCUUGUAUGAAUGGUGGAACCUGUCAAUAUAGACAAAUCAAUUCCUACUUCUGCCAAUGUAUGCCAAGAUAUCAAGGUAUAAGAUGUGAAAUUGAUAAUGAUCCAUGCCAGGAUAAUCCAUGCUUUAAUCAAGAUAAAGAUGUGAUCAAUGGUUAUACCUGUAUCUGCCCAGGGGAAUUGAAAGGGAAACAAUGUAAAUAUGGUAAAUUUUGUCAACCUGAUACGUGUAAAAAUGGCGGUGUAUGUAUUGAGGGACCCAAUUCACCAUUAUGUCAUUGUCUAUCAAAAUAUCAAGGACUAUAUUGUGAAAAGAUGGUGGAUCCAUGUGUUAUCAAUCCAUGUUAUGGAGGCGGUACUUGUAUUAGUAAUAAUAAUAAUUAUCGUUGUGAAUGUACUAAAGAUAGAAUUGGACGACAUUGUGAAGAUAAUGUAUCUGUUGCUGCUUCUAUUAAGAUACCUGUAAUGUUGAUAUACAUUAUUAUUGUUGUUGGUGUCAUAGCAAUAGUAAUACUUAUUAUUAUUAUUUGUUGUGUCUGUAAGCGACGUAGAAAGAACAGACGGCGAUCUCAUGAUGCACACAACUCAAACGAACUCAACAGAAUGUUACCAGAAGACAAAAAACGUUCUAAUAAGAAGUUAAACGAGGAGAUCUUACUAUCCAAUUAUCCCAAAAAUCCACCUCCAGUUCCAGAUCGGCCUGUUUCUUACACACCUAGCAACCAUGAUUCUAUGAACACAUUGAACAAUUUUGACAAUGUCAGGAAUUAUGGCAGUGCAGCAGAUGAACUGGAGAGAAGUGGCGUUCAUAAUAUUCCAUCUUUCUGUCCAGCAGACGUCUACACUCACAGAUUUGGUACUCCACCUGCUGCUAAACAUUAUUAUUCUACAUUCCAAUCACCCCCCUCUAAUCCUCAAUCAGAUACUGACUCUAUACAGAAAGAUCCACAAGAGUAUGAAUAUCCUACUAAUUUCUUAGAGAACUAUUCUGGUAAGUAA